GUUGAGAUUAACAAAAUGGGUCGAAAUUUGUUAAUGAGUAGCCUUGAAAAUGCGUCAUUUAAUAUAUUAUUACAAAUUUUAUUUAGAUGUGUAACAUUUAUCAUUAACGCCUGGGUUAUUAGGAAUGUGGGGCAUGAAGUUAUUGGUAUUAUGAAUGUCAGAUUACUACUACUUGAAAGCACCAUUCUAUAUUUGAGUAGAGAGCCAUUCCAGCGUGCUUGUCUUGGUCAAAAUGGUGAAUUCAUGUGGUAUCAUGUCAUAAACCAAAUUUGGCUCUGUGUACCCCUCAGUUGUUUGUUGUCAUUUGUUUUUGUUUACAUAUGGCUGAAUAUAUUACCAUUAGGUCAUCCAGAGCAUGCCUUUCAGUAUGAGUUUGGCUGCUGGAGUGUUGCACUAUCAUGUAUAUUAGAACUAUGCUCUGCAAAUAUUGCUUUGGUUGCACAACUAUAUUGUUUUGUAAAGCUUAAAGUUGUUCUUGACACUUUACAUAUUUUUGUAAGAACAAUAUUAUUUUUGUCUAUUAUAAUCUAUGAUAAGUCACUAGCUCUUAUAGCUUUUUCAGUAGCUCAAGUUGGAAGUAUUACAUUUAUUGUUUUAGCCUAUUACUUAUUUUUCUAUUGGUACAUUAAAUACAAACCGCUCUAUGCUAAGGGUGCAUUAAAAAGUAAAUUACUUCCAUCUAAUAUUUUGGAGAGACUUUAUAACAAUAUGGAUGAUUUUAAAUUUACUUCUCUAAGAGAUUUUUUUCCUAAGUAUGUUGGCUCUAUAAACUCAUCAUUUAAUAGAAAAUUGAAUACACUUACUUUAAGUUUUGCCAAACAAGGAGUUGUCAAGCAAAUAUUAACAGAAGGAGAAAAAUAUGUUAUGUCAGUAAGUCCUGUUAUGACUUUUGCUGAACAAGCAAGUUACGAUGUUGUAAAUAAUUUAGGUAGUUUAGCUGCUAGAUUUGUUUUUCGACCCAUUGAGGAUAGCAGUUACUUUUAUUUUACUCAAAUGGUAAGCAGAGACUUGCCUUUAUAUAAACAGGAUCAAAAUAAAAUUCAAGAAUCUUGUACAGUUUUGUCACAAGUUUGUAAGAUUGUUAGUUCAAUUGGUUUAAUCGUUCUUGUUUUUGGAUUUAGUUACUCUCGGACUCUUCUUACUUUAUAUGGGGGAGAAGAAUUUGUUGCCAGUGGAUUACCAGUACAACUACUUCAGAGUCAUUGCUUAGCUAUCCUCCUAAUGGCUAUUAAUGGAAUUACUGAAUGUUACACUUUUGCAACUAUGACCAGUGCACAACUUAACAGUUAUAACUAUAUAAUGGUUUUCUUUUCAAUUAGCUUUCUAGUUCUUUCAUAUGUGUUGACAUAUGUUUUAGGACCAGUUGGAUUUAUUAUUUCAAAUUGUAUUAAUAUGUUUGCUAGAAUUAUGCAUAGUAUUCAUUUUAUAAAUAAUGAAACUAAAGAUACCGAUUAUAGGCCUCUUCAAGGGCUUUAUGUUGGAAAAUACUUUUUAAUUACUUUAUUUAUAGCUGGUUGUAUCUGUAAACUCUCUGAAAACAAUAUAUUUUAUAAAUCUAUUCUAACACAUAUAACAAUUGGGAUGUUAUGUUUGAUUGGUGUAUUGUUAUCUUGGGGAUAUGAAAAUAUGGAACUCAUUGUUAAGACAUACAAUAAGUUUAUGAGAAGUGAAGAAAAGAAAGCAACGGAUUAGCAAUUGUUUAUUGUUAAGCUUAUAACAUUUAAAUAAGAUUUGUAUUUAUUAUUUAAAUAAAAGUGUAUAAGAUAUGUUGCAUUUUA